AUGGGGGAAGCUUUUAGACAUUUGGAGGUUGAGGCAUACCUAAAGCAGUUGAAUAAGCCACCCAUUAAAACCAUCCAGGGUGAAAAUGGAGAUGUGAUUGAUUGUGUUGAUAUUUACAAACAACCCGCUUUCGAUCAUCCUCUUUUGAGAAAUCACACCAUUCAGAUGAGGCCUAGCUCCUAUCCAACAAAGUUUCCAAGAGGAAGGAGAGUUGUAGACCCGAUUCUUCAAAUGUGGAACAAAAAGGAAAGAUGUCCACUAAGAACAGUUCCAAUUCGCAGGAUUACAAGAGCCGACUUGCUUAGGGCUGGUUCCAUCACAAAUUUUGGAAAGAAAAGCCUGAAUUCGUCUGAAAUAGAGCACGCCACUGUAUUCGUUAAUGAUAAGAGAUAUUUUGGAGCUAGGGCAGAAAUGGCUGUAUGGCAACCGCUUGUCGAUGGCAUUGCUGAGUUAAGUGAAUCCCAAAUUAGGGUCGUGAAUGACCAAGGUAGUCAAAUAAUUGUUAUUCAAGCAGGAUAUACGGUGAAUCCCGAACUUACAGGUGACCAACUUCCUCGAUUCUAUAUAUAUUGGACAGUUGAUGGUUAUAACAGUACUGGAUGCUAUAACGUCCUAUGUCCAGGAUUUGUGCAAAUAACCGACCUGGUUUAUUUGAAUUCUGAAAUCGGUCCAGUUUCAAUCUACGGUGUAGCAGAAUCCACUAUAACCCUACACAUUCAUAAGGAUAUUAGGACGAGCAAUUGGUGGUUGACAGUGCAAGACAUUACGAUGGGGUAUUGGCCCGCAGCCAUACUGAACAAUUUAUCAUCGGCGAGUAAGAUUGAAUGGGGAGGGGAAGUGAAGAACACGAGGCCAGGUGGAGAACAUACGAGCACGCAAAUGGGUAGUGGUCACUUUUCGAGCGAGGGCAGCAUGAGAGCCGGUGCCUUCUACCAAUUGAGUUAUGAUACCGAUCUCACAACCAACGACUUCGAGGAAUAUCAGACUUUCACAGACCAUUAUACUUGCUAUACCGUGGAUCGUAAUGGGAAUAGUUUUUAUUAUGGGGGACCCGGUAAAAAUCCCGACUGCCCCUAA